AUGGCCAGCUCGGCUUCCCUGGAGACCAUGGUGCCCCCGGCCUGCCCGCGCGCCGGAGCGUCGCCGGCCACCUCCAAGACGCUGGCCUUCUCCAUCGAGCGCAUCAUGGCCAAGACGUCGGAACCCCGCGCGCCCUUUGAGCCCCGGCCUGGGGCGCUAGAGGCGGACGGCAGCCAGAGCAAGAAACUGCUCAACCUCUGCUCGCCGCUGCCCUGUAUGAUCCCCCUUCAGCCCCUAGGCUACGAGGUGCCGUCCAAGACACUGCUCAGUUACUCUGAGCUCUGGAAAAGCAGCCUCCGGGCGGGCGGCGGUGGAGGAGGAGGAGGCGGCAGCGGCGGGGGGGCCCCAGUGUGCGGCGCCAGCGGCUUGUGCAAAACCAACUGUGGCGUGUGCUGCAAGGCCGAGCUGGGCCUUGCACCGUCUGCGCUGCCCGCGGGCAGGGUCAUCAAGCCGCAGGUCAUCAACCAAGCCGUGGGGCUGCCGGCCAGCGGCUCGCUCUACUACUUCAACUACCUGGACUCGACCGCAUACCCGCCUUCCGAGCUUCUCGGCGGCCACCUUUUCCCUUCUGGCCUCCUCAACGCGCAGGCUCCCACAGCUCUAGCUGCGCAUCCCAAGCUCUUUCUGCUGGAGAACGCCAAGCUGGCCGGCCUGGCUGCGGACAAGUUCCCCCAUCCAGCUCCCUAUGCCCAUAAGGAGCGCUUGCCGGCGCCGCUGGAGCAGGUGCUGAAGGAGAACUCGGCCCUGACCGCUGAGCGCGGGGGCGUCAAGGGUCACAGCAAGUUACCCGGGGGCUCUGCUGACGGCAAGCCCAAAAACUUCACCUGUGAGGUGUGCGGCAAGGUGUUUAACGCUCACUAUAACCUCACCCGCCACAUGCCGGUUCACACCGGUGCCAGACCGUUCGUGUGCAAAGUCUGUGGCAAAGGUUUUCGCCAGGCCAGCACGCUCUGCAGACACAAAAUUAUCCACACCCAGGAAAAGCCGCAUAAAUGCAACCAGUGCGGCAAAGCCUUCAACCGCAGCUCUACGCUCAACACGCAUAUCCGCAUCCACGCGGGCUACAAGCCCUUCGUCUGCGAAUUUUGCGGCAAAGGCUUUCACCAAAAAGGGAACUACAAGAACCACAAGCUGACCCACAGCGGCGAGAAGCAGUACAAAUGCACCAUCUGCAACAAGGCCUUCCACCAGGUCUACAAUCUGACCUUCCACAUGCACACCCACAAUGACAAGAAGCCUUUCACGUGCGCCACUUGCGGCAAAGGUUUUUGCAGAAACUUUGACUUAAAGAAACACGUGCGCAAACUCCACGACAGCGUGGGCCCCACUGCCCCCUCCGCAAAGGACCUGACUAGGACCGUGCAGAGCUGA